UGCAUUGUCAGCCGCUCCGAGACGCUUUCUGGGAUUCGAUUUGUUCAUAAAGGGCGUGCCAUCGCCAGGACUUGAAACAGUUGUGCUCUCUCAAUUCUUCUUUGGAUCGUACAAAGGCACUGGAAACCCUCACCGACACUCCUGUCAUACACCUCUUCACAACCAUGUCGCCCUCACAGACACAACGCCGUCGAGUGCAACAGCACUCGAGUGCGUUCCCGACUCGACAACUCUUCGUGCUAGCGCUAUGUCGUAUCUGCGAACCUAUUGCCUUCAUGUCAAUCUUUCCCUAUGUCUAUUACAUGAUCUCUGGUUACCACAUCACCAAUGACGAGAAGCAAAUUGCUCUGUAUGCCGGUAUGGUUACGUCUGCGUUCGCCUUUGCCGAGUUCUCGACAGGAGUCAUGUGGGGCAGAUUGAGCGACAAAGUUGGACGCAAACCAAUUCUACUCAUGGGAUUGGCUGGUACCGGAGUGAGCAUGAUUGUGUUUGGUUUCUCUCCCAAUCUUACGACAGCUCUUAUUGCUCGCGCAUUGGGUGGUCUUCUCAAUGGAAACAUCGGGGUCUUGCAGACCACAGUCGCAGAAGUGGUCACUGUUGAGUCACAUCAAGCACGUGCGUAUUCGAUUAUGCCUUUUGUCUGGUGUCUCGGAUCUAUCAUCGGCUCUGGUCUGGGAGGAACGCUUGCAGAUCCCGUACACAACUAUCCAGGCUAUUUCGAGCACGGAUCCCUGUUUGACAAGUUCCCUUACCUGCUCCCGAACUUGGUUUGCGCCGGCGUAGUCAUCUUCGGAUUGGUAAUCGGCAUCUUGUUCCUCGAAGAAACCCAUGAGGAUUUCAAGGACCGUAGAGACUAUGGUCUUGAUGUUGGUGACUGGAUCUUGGAGUUCUUCCGUCCGACCCAGCUUGUUGGUAAGGCCGGCGAGACAUUGGCUCUAUUCGAAGACGUCCCUCCGGGUUACUCAUCAGGUGUAUCGUCACCUGCAAUGAAUCCGAUUCUUGUUGGAGAGUUGCCAAACGAAGCCCAACCUGUGUCUGCGCAGACCGUGGCCACCGGUCGCCGUGACGCAGCUGUCAGUAAUGCCUUCACUUGGCAAGUUUGUCUCAACAUCGUUGGUUACGGUAUCCUUGCUUACCACACAAUAUCGGCCGAGCAACUACUUCCCGUACUCUUCAGUCUGCCCGAGUCUGAGGAGACGCCCAAAUUACCUUUCCAAUUCUCGGGUGGUUUCGCUCUGCCAACAAAAGUCAUCGGUUUCAUCCUCUCAGCUCAAGGCUUUAUCCAAAUGUUCGCCACACUUUUUGUGUUCCCAUACGUCAAUCGCAAGAUUGGAAGCCUGGCAACGUUCCGACUUGUCGUUCUCUCAUAUCCGAUCCUCUAUUUCAUGGUCCCCUACGUCACGCUUGUUUCAACGACAUUCCGCAUGCCUUGUAUCUACUUCGUUCUGGUCUGGAAGGUUGCGGCUCAAGCUCUCUCGUAUCCAUCUCUCGCUAUCAUGCUGGCCAAUGCUGCACCAUCAAAAAAGGUUCUAGGGACCCUGAACGGUGUGGCAGCCGCUGCGGCGAGUCUAUGCAGAGCUUUUGGUCCUACUCUAUCAGGCUUGGUCCAGUCACUGGGUCUUUCCGUAGGCGUACUCGGUCUUCCGUGGUGGGCAAAUAGCUUUGUCGCUUUGAUCGGCGCUGUUCUCAGUCUACGCAUGGUUGAAGAAAAACGCCGCUACACGAAAAACGAAGAAGCAAACUUGGAGUCUGAGGAUCUACCGUUUCUGGACGCGGACGUGCUCGAGAACGUGUACGCUGAAGAGUCAAGACACUGAUUUCCUGGAGCAUUCACAAAUCCUCUCCGUCCGCUCCCAGAGAGACUCACGACCCACAAAAUACCUUCAUCACGAUUGAUAUCGAAACACCAUCUUCCAAGCCAUUUUCGUUCAACAAUCAUCAUGAU